GAGGUUUCCUGAAGGCAGCUCUGGAAGAAAGAAGCCACUGGCUGCCUGCGGAGAUUGAGGAAGGGCCCAGAGAAAAGCUACUGUCAAAGGCAGGAGAGAGGGAAGAAGAUUUCUUAGGAAGAGACAAUGAGAUGGUGAUCUCAGAGUUUCCAAAGUGGCUGGGAUCCAUUAGAAACUGAAGUGGCAGAGACCUCUGUCAGUUGUGGUCCCCACUUCUUGGAGCAGAAGGCCAGAGAGAGCUGUUCGAACACGUCUCAUUCACACCAGUUGAACACCAGCCUUUGGAUAUUUUCAGGGUAGACUGUGUGUCUCCCUUGGAUGGACCGGAAGAAGUAACAUCCUGCAAGCGGCUGUCAGAGGUCCUGAGAACACAAAGCCGUCUGGCCGUCCUUCCCCGUGUCGAAUGGCGUUUGUCUCAGUAGCCCACUGAGGGCUCUCUUCCUCAGGAUUCUGAACUUGUAACUAGGAGUCUGGGCCACGAAGAUGCUGAGUUCCAUCAAGUGUGUGCUGGUGGGAGACUCUGCUGUGGGGAAAACGUCUCUGCUGGUACGUUUCACCUCGGAAACCUUCCCUGAAGCUUACAAGCCUACAGUAUAUGAAAAUACAGGUGUAGACGUUUUCAUGGACGGGAUCCAGAUCAGCCUGGGCCUGUGGGACACGGCCGGCAACGAUGCCUUCAGGAGCAUCCGCCCUCUGUCCUACCAGCAGGCAGACGUGGUGUUGAUGUGCUACUCCGUGGCCAACCACAACUCCUUCCUGAACCUGAAGAACAAGUGGAUCGGGGAAGUCAGGAGCAACCUGCCAUGCACCCCCGUGCUGGUGGUGGCCACCCAGACGGACCAGCGGGAGGUGGGGCCCCAUCGGGCCUCCUGUGUCAACGCCAUCGAAGGGAAGAGACUGGCCCAGGAUGUGAGAGCCAAAGGCUACUUGGAGUGCUCGGCCCUCAGCAACCGGGGCGUCCAGCAGGUGUUUGAAUGUGCCGUCCGAACUGCCGUCAACCAAGCCCGGAGACGCAACAGGAGGAGGUUCUUCUCCAUCAACGAGUGCAAGAUCCUCUGAACCCCAGAGACUUCAUCCCACGCUCACUUACCACAGAGACCGGCUGGGACAGAGAGAGCAGGCAAGCCAGCAAAGGACUGAUGCUCUUUCUGGGCAUGGCCUGACUGGCUUUUACCACCGGAUACAGUUGUUGACGGGACUUGGCCACUGGAUGUUUUUAUAAUAUGUACUCUACGAAUGAACUCUUUGCCCAGUACAAUUAGAAGAUUCCUGGGGACACUGUAAUGACUAUUUCAUGUUUGAUUCAAAAACCACAAUGAAGUGAGUUUUCCAAAGAAUACCAUAUUUAAAGACACAGCUUAUUUAAAUAGUAACAAAUGAACAGCAUUUGUAUAUAAUUAGCUUUCACACUUGGAGUCUUUUCCUCCCUACUCACAAACUGAUGUGAGUGCAAUGACCUCACAGGGCUCUGACAUAUGUUCAUAGUGUUAGCAUUUUCACCUGAAGUAGUAAUUUUGUUGAAAUCACACUCGCCUGUUAGAUUUUAUUAGGUAACCAAUUUUAAAAUCACUGUAAACUGAUCCUUGCAAUUAAUUUUCCAUUCAUUUGUUGUUCAGAGUUGUAUGUAUAAAAUACAGUUAAAUGACAUAAGGUUACUAUAAUACUGCCUAAUGAUUUUUAAACGACUAUCAUUUUAUGUCUCUGUAAUUAUUGAAAAAAACUAUUUCUUAUGGUAUUGCCUUUGAGCCAAAGAAUUUCAAUUAUACAGUAAGUAUUCUGUCAUUCACUGAAACAGACUGAAGGAACACUUAUCAGGUAGAGAAUCAGACUGCUCUAAGCGAUAACCGCGGAACUUGGAACAGAUGUGAGGAAGUCUUACUUUCAUUUCAGAGACUGCUGCACUUUGCCUGCUUCCUAACUUAUUGUAGGUCUGAUGAAAGAGCAGGCUUAAAGUUCUCCAUAAUGGUGAUUUAGCAGAUUUGUUGUUUGAGCUCUAAACUGAGCUAGCAUGGCAACAUAAUUCAUUAAUUUGAGGGUCUAAUCAGAAUUAAUUGGGGCCGUGUCUACAUGAAUGAUAUGUGUUUAAAGGAAAAAAGGGGAUUUAUAGCUUCUACUAUUUCAUGAGUAUGAAACAUCUGAGUGGAAAAAAAUCACAAAUUCCAAACAGGAAAACUGUAUAGCAAUUGUAAUAAAAAGUUAUCAGGGGAAAUACUGAAUCAAUAGGAACAUCCCCCCACCAUUCUAUCUGAUAGCUUAAAAGCAACAGUAUUAACCAUCUAUUAAAGCUGAAAACAGAGGACUAUGUAACUUAAGAAAUUGUGAAGCCUGGAACCCACAUGUUGCAUUUACUUCCUUAAUCAAAUAAAACCUAGAACUACUCUGAA